UGCCAUUAGGUCCAGUGUAAACCAUCCCGGCUAAAAUUCUUCUUUCUGACAAUGGCUCUCUCAGGGCGAGAUGUGUUUUUACUUUAAUGGGUGAAAAAGGAGAAAAAAAAGGGUGCAGAGCGCAGAGUAGAUCCCUGCCAGGAGGGAGUGCGGUUCAUGUGCUGCCGGGGAUUGUAGGGGCUACACGAGACCCUGAGGAAGGACGAGGCUUUUUCCACAAGAAUGAUGUGCACCACUUUAAGCCCAACAGCUCGGGGGCCGGGCCUCUCGGACAUGCACCAAUACAGCCAGUGGCUGGCUAUCCGCCAUGAGGCCGAUCUGCUUCCCAUGAAAGAAGACCUGGCUCUAUGGCUGACAAACAUGCUGGGGAAGGAAGUAACGGCAGAAACCUUCCUGGAGAGGCUGGAUAAUGGGGCCUUACUGUGUCAGCUGGCGGAGACUCUACAGGGCCAAUUCCGAGAGAAGCUCAUGGAGACGCGUAAAACUGUCAAGGAUCUGCCAACUAAGAGGAUACCGUACCGUGCCAACGCCCCGCCAGGGUCCUUCUUCGCAAGAGACAAUACGGCCAACUUUCUGUCCUGGUGCAGGAGUAUUGGUGUCGGGGAGACCUGUUUGUUUGAGUCAGAAGGUCUAGUUCUACACAAGCAGCCCCGAGAAGUUUGCCUGUGCUUACUAGAGCUGGGGAGAAUCGCAGCGAGGUUUGGCGUGGAGCCCCCCGGAUUAAUAAAACUGGAAAAAGAGAUUGAACAGGAAGAAACCCUUUCAACCCCCAUCCCGUCUCCGUCCCCCUCCCCCACAAAGACCUCCUCCGUGAAAAAGAGCGCUGGGAAGUUAUUAGAUGAUGCGGUUCAGCGUAUCUCAGAAGAUCCUCCUUGUAAAUGUCCCAGUAAGUUCUGUGUGGAGCGUCUCUCUCAAGGACGGUACAAAGUUGGAGAGAAAAUCCUGUUCAUAAGGAUGCUCCACAACAAGCACGUGAUGGUUCGCGUCGGCGGAGGAUGGGAGACGUUCGCCGGGUAUCUGCUCAAACACGACCCCUGCAGAAUGCUGCAAAUAUCCCGCGUGGACGGAAAAACCUCUCCGGUCCAGAACAAGUCUCCCACCAUCAAAGAUAUGAGCCCCGAUACCUAUUUGGUGGUCUCGGCCCAUUACAAAUCCAAAAGGGAGAUCAAGUGAGGCCACGCGGUGCAGCCCCCACGUCAGAGUCCCGGGUCAUCCUGAAGAAGCCCUCACUGCACCACACAAGACGCCGCGCUCGGAGUCGCCUCUACCCUCCAUUUACUUCUCCGUGGCUUUCAUCUGCGCUACCCAACAACAUUUUUCCAACAUGGUUUUCUAAAAAUCGGCCUAUGUGGGUGUGGGUGAUUGUAUCUUACCCCUCAGACCGGGGGUAUUAGGGCAGUGCCCAAUGCCCCCCGCUGCUGUAGACGCCCACAUGCUUCCUUUCCGUCCCAUUCAGAGAACGGGGUGAAACCCCAUCUAAUGGAUUACUAUGGUCCAGGGAUGGCCAACCUGAGGCUCUCCAGCUGUUGCAAAACUACAACUCCCAGCAUGCCCAG